AUGACAGUUAAUCAAUUCGCGCUAAAAUCGUCUCAAACAAAGUGAGGAGUUGAAUGAUUUUCUGUUGUCGUUUCCGUACCUCUAUGUUUUUUUGCGUAAAUUGAAAACGAAAAACGAUGUCGAAACGUAACAGUUUGGGCAAUACAAGUGGCUCAAACACUUUAUUCAAAUAUUUCGCAAGAUCACCAGCCGCAUCACCUCAAACCCCGCAACAAAAUCGAAAUACCUCUGUAUCCAAUGGUGACGGUGCAACACCAAAAAGUUCAUUGAACAAGGACAAAUCAACCGAACAAAAAGUUCAAUCCAAUAAAAAAGAGGCUGUGGAUGAACGUCAGGAUGAUGAUGAAAGUCCAAUUCGUCCUGUCAAGCCGAAGCGUUUGAAAUUAAUCGAUUCCGAUUCGGAAUCAGAUCGCGAAAAUGAAUGCGACAAUGUGCCAUCCGUUGAAACUGUUCCACCGAAGAAAGCUGCACGAUCAGCCACUAGUGCACCAUCAACUCCACAGCCCAAGAAGAAAAUGAAAAUGGAACCGAAAGAACCUAUGACUUUCGAAGAGAAACUGAAGGCGAUGGAGGUGCAAGAUGUCGACGAUGUCGUAGAAGAUAUAUUUGACGAACCGGUUGAAUAUAUGCACAACAAUCUGGAAUUCUUAAAACCGGAAAACAUCAAAGAUAUCAAUGGACACAAGAAAUCCGAUCCGGAAUAUGAUCCGAGAACAUUGUACGUACCAAAAAGUUUCCUGGACAAACUGACACCGACAACACGACAAUGGUGGGAUAUGAAAUCCAGAGCCAUGGAUUGCGUUUUGUUCUUCAAAAUCGGAAAGUUCUACGAAUUGUAUCACAUGGAUGCGGAUGUUGGCGUUACUGAGUUAGGCUUCACUUACAUGAAAGCGAUGAAAGGUGAAGCUGCGCAUUCCGGGUUUCCGGAGCAAUCUUACGAUCGCAUGGUUACAACUUUAGUAGCCAAAGGUUAUAAGGUGGCUCGAAUUGAACAAACUGAAACACCAGAAAUGAAUGCCGAACGAGUAAAGACCACGCCAAGAGCAACGAAAUUUGAAAAGGGACUCAGACGCGAAAUUUGUCAAGUAACCAAUCGUGGCACUCAGGUUUUUUCUCAACAAGUUGGUGUGACGAACAACUAUGAACCGAACUACAUGCUGGCAGUUUGUGAAAAGCACACAUUAACUUCCAACCGCUUCGGUGUAUGUUUCAUCGACACAUCUCUGGGAGAAUUUAACAUCGGCGAGUUUGACGAUGACAAACACUGCUCCAGAUUGUUAACAUUACUCUCACACAACCUACCUGUUUUCAUUCUCUACGAACGAAACGGCCUUUCCGCUCGUACAAGUCAAAUUUUCAAGUCGAUGCUGAACAAAACUCAGAAAGAGCAGCUGCUUCCUGGAACACAGUUCCUAGCUGCGGACAAAACGUUGAAAAUGAUGGCUGAGAAAUACUACAAGGUGGACAACCAAAUUGUUUGGCCGGAAGAAAUUAAGGCGCUUCAAUGCGACUCCGACCAUUUGGGCUUGACGCCGAAACCCAGCCAUUCACUGGCUCUACGAUCGAUCGGUGCCUGUUUGUGGUACUUGUCUCAAUGUCUAAUCGACGAGCAGAUUGUUUCGUUGGGUCGAUACACUACCUACAUUCCACCAGACAAUAUGACUUCGGAUUCGGUCGAGAAUUUGGAGAGAAGCUUGAACAGAACGAUCAGUUCCAAAAUGACCAAUCGCCACAUGGUUCUCGAUUCCAUUACAUUGUCCAAUUUGAAAUUGACCGAAGAAAGUCAUUCGCUUCUGAACACGUUGGACCAUUGUUGCACGAAAUUCGGGAAACGAAUGCUCAAGAAUUGGAUUUACAAUCCAAGCUGUGAAAAGGGAGUCAUAAUCGACCGGCAAGACGCUAUAAAACAUCUGAUGGACGACGACGAUUUACUGAACGAAGCGAAAACCAUUCUUGGACAGUUGCCCGACUUGGAUCGAUUACUGAACCAAAUUCAUGCAUUCGGAAAUGUGAAACGAAGCAAAGAUCAUCCGGAUGGACGGGCAGUUUUCUUCGAACAGAAGAGCUACAAUAAAAACAAAAUCCGAGAUUUCAUAGCUGUACUGGAUGGGUUCGAUGCCCUCACUAAGCUGCCAGCAAUGUUCAAAAAUUGCAAAUCGAAAUAUCUACGGACACUGACACAAUGUUCGCCGAACGGCAAUUUUCCUGACAUACGAGAAGCGCUGAAAGUGUUCAAGACCGGAUUCGAUCAUAAUGACGCCCUCGAGAAAGGGGUAAUCGCACCUGGUGCAGGAGUCGACAGAGAAUUCGACUAUGUGAACCGUGAAAUCGCGUCGAUCAACAAUGAAUUGCAAGCGUACCUGAAGAAACAAGAAAAAUAUUUCGGCUGUCGUCUCAGUUACAGCGGAACGGAUAAGAAACGAUUCCAGAUCGAAGUACCAGAGAAAUGUUGCCACUUGGUGGACAAAAGUGAUAUCGAAUACACUUUAGAGGGACAGAAAAAGGGCUUCAAACGGUACCAUACCGAGGAUUUAAAGGACAUGCUAAAACGCAUGAUCGAAACGGAAGAACAACGGAACGCCAUUCUAAAGGAUCUGUCGCGCAGAAUGUUCGAAAAGUUUUCCAAUGAGUAUCAACAGUGGAAGAAAUGCGUCGACCUGGCCGCUACGUUGGACGUUCUGCUAUCAAUGGCAACAUAUGGAAAUACUCAGGGACAUUUAUGUUUCCCAGAUAUUGUUGAUGGUGCUGACGGUCCAAUAUUGGAAAUGGAAGACGGCUACCAUCCAUGCAUGAAACUCACUGACGACUUCAUUCCGAAUGGCAUUACUCUUGGUGGCAGCUCGCCUCCACUGGCACUGUUAACAGGACCGAAUAUGGGUGGUAAAAGCACAUUGAUGCGUCAAGUGGCCAUUCUUGUUAUCAUGACACAAAUGGGAUGCCCAAUACCAGCGACGAGUUGCCGAAUGACUUUGGUUGAUCGUAUUUUCACCCGGCUCGGAGCCCAAGAUGAUAUAAUGGCUGGUCACAGUACAUUUUUGGUUGAACUGAGUGAAACGUCGUCCAUUCUAAAACAUGCUACGCUAUCGAGUUUGGUGCUGUUGGAUGAAUUGGGACGAGGAACGGCAACAUACGAUGGCACAGCAAUCGCAGCUUCUGUCGUCAACUUUCUGGCAGACCUGAAAUGUCGUACACUCUUCUCGACACAUUACCACAAUCUCGUCGACAAUUUCCACAAAGACAACCGAGUCAGCUUGGGACAUAUGGCUUGUAUGGUGGAGAAUGAGAACGAUGACGAUCCCACUCAAGAGACCGUCACCUUUUUGUAUAAGUAUUCGGAUGGUGCGUGUCCAAAAUCGUAUGGAUUCAACGCGGCUAAGCUGGCUGGAAUGCCGAAUGGCGUCAUUAAAAGAGCCCACGAGCUCUCAAAGAAAGUCGAAGCAGAAGCUUUGAAGCGGAAAUUGGUGUCGAAAAUUAUGGUGGCCAAUGGCGCAAGCAUCGCUGAAAUUCGAGACAUUCUGACGAAACUGAAAACUUUGGUGGUUUAAGUGCGUCAACGCACCAGUUCUGAAUUUAUUAAAAAUUUGUUUAUUUUCACAUUCCAAGAUCUGUUCAAUAAAAAUGUAAUUGAAAAAUGA